GAAACCCGUUACACACUGCAAACACUUGGCGCUGUCCCCACUCCGCAUUACCCGUUUUCUCUCUCUCCCUUUCAUUUCUCUCUUUCCAAUCGAAGAAGAAACCAUUAGACAGUAGACACCAGAAAACACUGCACGAAAAAACACUAAAACAACAGAGAGAGAAAAGUAAAAGAGAAGAGACACACACUGACAAAUGCAAAGAGGUUACACCCAAACAGUUAUAGUUUCAGUUAACACAGAGAAGAAGUGACGAACUACGAAAGUCCCUAUUUUCCUCCUUGUUUCUUGGUCGCAGUAGUUGACUCAAAAUCAGAAAAGAAAAAAAAAAGAAAAAAGAAAAAGAGAAAAGCCUUCCCAAUUGCCUUCCCAACACGACAGAUAAUAACAACAUCAUAACCGCAUAUAGUAACCUAAGCUCCGCCCAAAACGACACACUUUCGUCACCGUUUCUUCGUGUUCUCUCUCCCACGCAACCUCCUCAACAGGGAUGUUCCUUUUCAAGGAGCAUUUCCAUAUUCAGGAAAAGCAAUUGUUCCAGUAGCAGCUGUAUCUUUUGAUAGUUAGUGGUGGUGUCCACUUAUUUAGUAAAUUGGAGUUGGUAGAAUUAGCUGGUUUAAGGGCCCAUGAUGAUGAUCCACUUUGUCAAAACUUACUAAAGCUGGAUUGUUGAGUGAAUAUGAUAUAUGUUUCCAAGAGUCACUCUUUGGACAAUUGAAUUAUUGACAAUUUUGGAGUAAGAUGUCUGGUGAAUCAGCUCCGAAAAUUCGACUUGUUUUAUGUCCUAAAUGUCGGCAGCUUCUUCAAGAGCAUCCAGAUUUUGAUGUGUACAAGUGUGGUGGAUGUGGAACAACACUUCAAGCUAAGAAACGAAGAAGUGGAACUUUGAACUCAGAAUCCAGCGCAUGUAAAACUGAUGCACAUCCUGUUUCUGAUGAUAAGCAUUACAGCCAUGGUGAGCAGCUAGCUAUUCCUCAGGAGAGUGGUUUGAAGGUGAAAGCAACUAGCUCUUUCUCAGAAGAAAGUUCUUCUGAUGGAAAGGAACAAAUUCAAAAUGGUGAAUACAGUGGAGAGGAUGUAGUUCGUUCAAAGAAGAAUGAUAUGAAGGAAAAGGCAACUAGAUCUUCCUCGGGAAAAUGUUCUUUAGAUGGAAAUGAUUUUAAGAAUCAAAUUCAAAAUGGUGAAUGCAAUGGAAAGGAGGUAGUUCUCUCCCAGAAAAAUGAUAUAAGGGAAAAAGCAAUUAGAUCUUCCUCAGGAGGAUGUUCUCUUGAUGAAAAUGAUCAAAGGGGUCAUAUUGAAAAUGGUGAAGGCAAUAGAGAGCAGGGAGUUCUUCCUCAGGAAAAUGAUUUGAGUGAAAAAGCAACUAAUAUUUCCCCUGGAGAACAUUCCUUGGGUGGAAAUAACGGAAGGGAGAAAAUUAGAAAUGGUGAAUGUGGUAGAGAGCAGGGUGUUCUUACUGAUGAGAAUAAUUUGAGAGAAAAAGAAGCUAUUUCUUCCUCAAGAGGUUGUUCUUUGGAUGGAAUUGAUUCAAGGGAGCAAAUUGAAAAUGGUGAAUGCAAUGGAAAGCAGCUCGUUUCUUCUAAGAAGGAUGGUGUGAGGGAAGAAGCACCUAGAUCUUCCAUAGGAGAGUGUUCUUUGGAUGUAAAUGGUGGAAGAGGUCAAGUUGAAAAUGGUGAUUGCAAUGGAGAGCAGGUAUUUCCUCAUUGGGAGAAUGGUUCAAGUGAAAAGAUAAGAUGUUAUUUAGAUAAAGAUGAUGGAAGGCAUCAAAUUCAAAAUGUUGAAUGCAAUGGAGAGCAGCUAGUUCUUCCACGGGAGAAUGGGUUGAUGAAACAAGCAACUAGUUCUCCUGGCAGGAAUCAAAGUCGAAAUGUUGAAUUCAUGGGGGAGCAGCUUGGAUCAUUUAGUCUAUCAGAUGAAGUUGCAGAAGAGAUGGAUAGCCAUAAAUUCUCAGAUAUCAGGAGGCAUAAAAGAGUGUCAAACAAAGGUUUUUCAAAGGAGCUAGCUAAUAGUGAAAUUAAGAGCUCAUCGAAAUCAGUGGCAGAAAAUUUAGUAGAAAAAGCAAAUGAUUCAAAGCUGGAACUCGCAAGAGAAGAGCCAAGUAAUGAAAAUAUGCCAGAAAAAGGAGCAGAAGAAGAGUUAAUUUGGGCAGUGGGCAAAGAUGUCAAUAAUGAUAAAUCAGCUCUGGCAGGGGUAAAGUAUGAAGUGGACAUCAGCGGAGGUAGUUUGGAAGGAGCAGCAGGAGAGUUAAACAAUGAAAACUUGUCAGUAAAAGGGGAAGGACAUGAGUUAAUUUCUGAAUUGGGUGGAAAAGAUGCUAAUGAUGCCCAACCGGCUCUAGCAGAAAAUCCCAGAAGCGUCCAAUCAACGGGUGCGAAAUCUGAAGCUGACAUUACCAUAAGCACUUCUACUGCCAAAGGAUCAAGUACUGAGAACUUUGUCUCUGAAAAGGAAAACAUUGCUCAAUGUAAACUUGAAGAAGGUACACAAGAUCAGAAAAAAGUUCACCAGAGUUUUGACUGUGUAAGAUCCGUGGAUGUUGAUGCCACAGAAGUAGCUAAUACCAGCACAGAGUUUAGUGGUACUCUUGGAGAAUUGCCUAAAUCUCCAGCUACCAGAAGCCUUCAUGCUUAUGAUGGCAGCAUCUCUUCUAAUGAUGGAGUGUACGAGCAGUUCCCUAGUCUAGAUUCUUUUGAGAACUCUUAUACCGUUGUCAAUGAUGUUCUUGAGGGAAACUCGAGAAAGGGAAAAGGCCUUGUUGAUUGCUAUGGAGAUCUUGAGACCCAACACCAAUCAUAUUUUCUAGGAGCAAAGAGGCAUCAUGUUGUGAGAGACAGAAGAUGGAAUCCAAACCAAGUUCUGGAGUACACCAGACAUGGUCGUUCACAUGGUAUGAGGACAAGAGAUGAUUUUUCAUCCAACAUGCCCUUCCACCGAAGCAGUUCCCAAUCCGGCUACGAAAGUGGCAGCCCUUUAAGUCAAACGCUUGAUGAGCUCUAUGCCAGCUCAAGCUUUGUUUCACCGGACUCCUGUGAGGACCCUGACCAAGAAAAGAUGAAACUGAUGAGAAUUGUUUAUAAAUUGCAAGAUCAACUUAACAGAACCAGAUACAUGAGUGGGGAAACAAAUGGAAGAUCAUCCAUGGAUGUCUCUUAUAAGGGAAAUCAUCUUUCAACAUAUCAUAGCCACGACCUUCUUGAAAGAAGAUUUCAUCACGGUCUUGAUUACCCUAGGUGUGAGGGAAGAUGUAGCCACGGAAGCAAUUGGCGUCGAAGGCAUAACUAUUCACAACCAUAUUUAUCUGAGGCAACAUGCAGUACACACCUUGUUGAUCAUCCUUGUUAUCAUUGUUGUCCCCAAGAGUGGCAAUGCUCGGCAGAGUUGCCGCCGCGUGUUCUUUACACUCAUGAAGAUCUAUGCAGGUACCACCCAGGUCCCAGUUGUUCAUCUCACCACUCUCUUCCUUCAAGUCCACAAUGGUUCAUGAGCCCCAAAAUCCCAGGAUAUGACCUUGAAACAAAAUCCUGUGAUCAAAUACAUAGAGUGGCUGAGAUGAAGAAUUAUUUAAGGGAGAAACAGAACUUGAACAAGCGACAUUACCGGCCAGUAGCAGGUGGAGCACCUUUCGUGACCUGUCACAAAUGCUUCAAGCUGCUGCAGAUGCCUGCAGAUUUUCUCCUUUUCAAAAGGGUAUGUCAUCAGCUAAAAUGUGGCGCAUGUUCAGAGGUACUUAAGUUUUCACUGCAGAACCAAAGCCAUAUAGUUUCAUAUGGUGCACCAAGUACUCCGGGUCUCCAAUCAAGUCAACUUGAUGAACAAAAUGAGAUGAUCAUUGACAACAAUCUAAAUUCUGCAUCUCAUGCCAACAAUGAUCAUUCUUCUCAUGCCGACCCUGUUUCAUAUUCCGAUGAUUUUGGCCAUUCCAUCAGCAAGAGCUAUUCCUCAGAAGGUGAUCCUGUUUCUCUGACACCGUUACAUCCCUCACAUGGCAAUGAAGAUCAUAAACAAAGUGUUUUUUCAAAUGGUAACUUUGAGCCUAUCACAGAGGAGAAUAAUAUUGCUUCAAGAGGUCCUAGUGAAAUAGCUAUGCAUUCCUCCAAUGUGUCAGGAUCUGAAAAAUUGCCACCGGAAAUUGAGGGCAUAAGGUCUCAACAAAAAAGCUCGCCACUUCAUCAAUUGAUGGGUUAUUCUUCACCAAGUCAAGUGAUAAGAGGGGUUAAUUCCCCUCUUGAAUAUAAAGAGACCAUUUUCAAAGUGGAAAAUGAUAUAUGAUCCUAGUCAUAACAAAAUCUAAAGUGAAGUUUAUCGGAAUCUUAGGUUGAAUGAUGAGUAAUGAGAAGCAUACAUGCAAUGAAUUAUCUUGUUUUAGAUUUCUUGUAGCUGUUUGGUGUAUAGACUAUAGAACAAGGACAAUGAGAUUGACUUGUUUCCCUAGAAGUAAAUUAGCAAAUUUUAUGUGCAACACGGCUCAGCAACAUAUGCUGAAUAAUAUGUAAUUGUAAAAGUUUGAUUUUAGUGUACA